AUGCGGGCCCUACAGAAAGGCACCCUGGAGAAGGUUGUGGGGUCCCUGGUCCCAGCUUUCCUGGCUGGAAAUAUCCCCCACGUCUGCACCCUGAUGCCCAUCCACCCGGCCUUCUCCAGGGCCCAGUGGUUCCUCGAAGAGCUGUUAACAAGGUCCUGUGCACCAUCCCUCGGAUCAGAUGCCAUCAAGGUCUUCUCUGCCUCUGGAGGGAUACCUCUGCAUAACGAUUGGGGUGACACACCGCAGGAGCAAUUAUUAAAGGCCACCGCUUCUGUGAUGGGAACCUGGGCAGACCUGAUACAACAUUUUGGCCAGCCCCUCCUUUUCCCUGGGUUCAUCGUGAAGCAGGCCUUGGUGCUGCACAGUCUCCCUGUCAAACACCCGGUGGGCCUCGUAAGAAGUCUUUGGGUGGAGUUGCAGCAACAGGAGCCUACAGAGGCUCAGAACCACUUAAAGAGCUCAAGCACACUCAAGAGCCAGAGGAAGGGCCUGCUUCUGGGCUAG